CUUCCGAUUCCCUCUAUGCGUUGUAUACGGAUAGCAGAUGCCGGAUGGGAUUGGGUACUCCCCUGCGUCGACCAAUGGCUACGAGUUCCCAGGUUAUUUUGUCUUAGGCCGUAAGCGUUUUGCCUAGGCGCUAUGCUUUUGUACCUAGCAAAUACCGCCCAUCACGGCUCAGGUCGACAGGUCGAAUGCGCCCGCUCAAGCCCACGUCACGUCACCACUUCGACGCUUUAGCAUUCGAGAUUCAUCCAUGGAUGUUAUUUUCCACUCAGCCCCGUUCCAAGUUUCCUCGCGCACUGGACACCGUUUGGACGAAUCGUCAUCAUCGCACAUUGACUCCCCUACCAAGGUUCCCUGUCAUGCCACGCCGCGCCACAUGUAAUGUCUCGUCCAUUAGCUCUGAUAGUUCCAAUAUAUGUAGGUACGCAUUAGGUAGCUUGGGCUCUAUAAUAUAUUCGCUGUCCGCCGUUUUCUUCUGCGAUUUAUUAAAUAUUCUCACCCGCGUAUUUUGUCUCAUUCUGUGGGGCUACAUCAUCUACAUCUACGACGUCGCUCUAGCCUGCAACCUUUACAUCGCUAAACAUAACGCACUUCCACGACUACCUACCUUCACUGCCACAAAGCUCUACAUUUAAUAGUUGAGAAAAAGAAAGGAAAUAGCAUUAAUCAAGAUGGCAUUCGGAUUUAUCCCCAUCGUCCACAUCGUGGCUGCUAUCUUCGCCAUUAUCGAACUCGGCCUAACAGCAUACCUUGUCAGCGGAUUCAGCGGCAACAACAAUGGCUGGUACUACUACGACUACUCGCCGCCGCGACUCAACUUCAUGGUCUUCAACUCGGUGUGGUCGCUGCUGGUGCUGCUAUACGUCGGCGUGGUGCCGCUGUACAUGACCAGCUUCUUCCACCGCCUGGCCGCGCUCGCCCUCAACACCAUAACCACGAUAUUCUGGUUUGCCGGAUCCAUCGCCCUCGCCGUCUUCGUCGGUGGGCCGUAUGACUGCCAUUCUAACACCUGGUGCGGUGCCGAAGAGGCUGCAGUCGCCUUCGGCUUCUUCCUAUGGGCUCUCUUUACCUUCCUCACCGUCAUCGACGCCCUCGACUCUCUGCGGAGCCGCGGUCACAACGCCGGUCCCGCCAACAAGCCGAACGCGUAUCCCGGCGCUUAAGCAGUCUCGUCUACUAUCCCCAGAUACUAGGCGAUAAACGAUUUCCCCGUGCGCCUAUUUUUAUCUCCACUCGCGGGAACACGUAUUUGAAUUUUGGAUUAUGGAUUUAAAAUGGAAAUAAUCGACGGCGUUUUUCUGGAGGCGAGGGGGAGUCGGUGAAGACGGGAUAACGAGAAUAUACCCCUCCUGGACGUUGUCAUGAGUCAGCUAACGAUUUCACCGGUUUUAUGGCCGCCUUUGGCCUAAACCCGGUUCUUAAUGAGUUGAACGAGCACAUAAUUAUUACUGUAUCCCAAGGCGUACGUAUGCGUAUGAAAUUGGUGCCAUGAGUUCUGUUAAUUUAAUAUGAAAUUCAAGUGUACCGGAAAUGAUUCGUAUACAAUCCAAGAUACCUCCCUAGUAUUUGUGGAUGCAUAAUGGUUCUCAUGUAGAUAGGCACUUUGCAAUCUUACCAUCAACAAUAAUCAGCUUUGGUAUCAGUAUUUU